CGACGUGACGCAUUGGCGGCCGAGAUGGGCGUGCGCUUUUCAUCAUAGCACGAUGGAAAGGCCAUUGGGUGAGAAUCAGCGUGCGCCUUCCUGAUCGCCAGGUGAUCUCUGUGGGACUGGUGGCGUUCGUGGCUUGGUGACAAACUCGUUUUCCAUGCUUCUGGAGCGAUAGCAAGGUUUGUUUUUCUCGUCUUCUGGCAUAAAUCUCUGAUUAAAUAUUCAAAAAGUUGAGUGAAAAGCAGAGAUUUUGUGGCGUGAGCAGCAGUUUCAGUGCAAAAGUGACCAAGAACGGAUCUCUUCUGAGGAAAUUCACCCUCUUCAAACACUGACAGCCAAGAAUUGGAUUAUGGAAUCGGAUUAUAAGUACCUCACUGGCUUCGGCUCUCACUUCGAGUCCGAGGACCCACGCUGUCCUGGUAGUUUGCCCGAGGGCCAGAACUCGCCACAGAAGUGCGCCAGAGGUCUCUAUGCCGAGCAGCUCUCCGGCUCCGCCUUCACGGCGCCGCGCACGGAGAACACACGCUCCUGGCUGUACCGCAUCCGGCCCUCGGUAGUGCACACGCCCUUCGUGCGCUACCAUGGCGCGCCCCACUUCCACGAUAACUGGACAGAGCAGCCGCCUGAUCCCAACCAGAUGCGCUGGAGCCCCUUCGACGUGCCGCCGUCCGGCAGAGUGGACUUCGUCGACGGCCUGCACACGGUAUGUGGCGCCGGAGAUGCUCGCGGACGCCACGGUGUGGCCGUGCACGUCUAUCUCUGCAACGCCCCAAUGGAGAAUCGGGCGUUCUACAACAGCGACGGUGACUUCCUGAUUGUGCCUCAGCAGGGCAGCCUGGAGAUCACCACGGAAUUCGGGCGCAUUCGCGUGGCACCCAACGAGAUUGCGGUGCUUCAGCAGGGAAUGCGCUUCGCCGUGUCUGCUUCCGGACCCACGCGCGGAUACAUCCUGGAAGUGUACGACAAUCACUUCAAGCUGCCCGAUCUGGGACCAAUCGGCGCAAACGGCCUGGCCAAUCCCAGGGAUUUUAAGACGCCCGUGGCGUGGUUCGAGGACCGCCAAGUGGACAAGUUCGAGAUAGUGUCGAAGUUCCAGGGAGCGCUAUUUGUGGCACAGCAGAAGCACAGCCCGUUCGACGUUGUGGCCUGGCAUGGGAAUUACGCGCCCUACAAGUACAAUCUCGCCGACUACAUGGUCAUCAACUCCGUCAGCUUCGAUCACUGCGAUCCCAGCAUCUUCACCGUUCUCACGUGUCCCAGCUCGCGUCCCGGCACUGCCAUCGCGGACUUUGUCAUCUUCCCACCGCGCUGGUCCGUCCAGGAGCACACCUUCAGGCCUCCUUACUACCACAGAAACUGCAUGAGUGAAUUCAUGGGCUUGAUCUACGGAUCGUACGAGGCAAAAGAGGGCGGAUUCCGUCCCGGCGGCGCCUCCUUGCACUCCAUGAUGACACCCCACGGUCCGGACAAGAAGUGCUUCGAGGCAGCGUCCAACGCCAAGUUAGAACCGCAGCGCGUUGCAGAUGGCACGCAAUCCUUCAUGUUCGAGUCAUCUUUAAGUAUGGCUGUAACGAAAUGGGGCGCGGAAACAUGCCAGAAACUCGAUGCAAAAUACUACGAAUGCUGGCAAACGCUCGAGAAGCACUUCAGCAUCAGCGAAUAA